AUGAUUUGGACGCAACAGAAAUUUGAAGAAGAGAGGGAGAAGUUCGAAAAGGAGAAGAGGAGAAUUAUGAAGGUGCUGGAGGAGGAAAGGGAGAAGAGCAAUGAGUUGGCGGAUCAAUUGAAGGCCGCCACUCGCGCUAUCAAGAAGUUGGAAAAGAAGAAUGAGGAGCUCCAGAAGGAGAAUGAGGAGCUCGAGAAGACGAUUCUCGAUGGACUGGAAAAUGAAGACGAGGAGGAGGAUGGGACAGUCGACUUCGACUUCGACGUGUUCGUCCGGCAACCGGCGGUCCGUCAACCAGUGGAGCCGAAGCCGAUGGCGCCGGUCACGAUGGAGAAGGCCCAGCCGCCCCAAAAGUCUUGGUUCUGGACCAAGAUAACCUCUCUCUUCUCCGGAGAGAAGGCCACCGGAGGCAUCAAGCGUUCCGCCGAAAUCCAGGAGAACGAGGAGGAGGAUGUCGAACCUCAAUCAAAGAGAUUCAGAGGUCCAGAGGUCUAG